AUGUUGGGUCGUGCAACUAGAGCAGUGGAGAUGACGCAGGGUGGCCGAGAGGGAAAUAAUGCGUUUUUGAACUUUGAGUCGCAGACUGAGUGGGAGUCAGGAAAAGAUCUCGUAAUGAAUGGAAUGAGUCAUAAAGAUUUAGUCAAGGUGUCUAAGGAACCAAAUGUCUCAUCUGCCGUCAAUCUUAAUGUGAACUUCAUGGACGGCAUGGUGGUCGUAGCCGCAAGGAUGGGUUCGCUGGAUGUGGCCAGUGCUUUUGCUGAAGGACCCGCAAGUUCAAAUGGCCACGAAAGAUCAAAAAAGCUGGCGCUUGGAUGUUUUAGUUCAAUCCUUUAA